AUGCCAGAUAAACAUUUCCGCACUGGUUCAACAACUCUAGCGUGGUUCUUUACCAAUGGAGCCUGGGCACAGGGUGACAUGGACGGAUGCUGUAUGUGGUAUGCACCCAAUGGCUCCUGGUUCGGAGUCAACAUCCAUUGUCCCGUACAGAUCUUUGGUAUAGGAACUGCCCCUUAUUAUGAAGUCGCUUGGUCUGAGUGGGGAAAGGAGACAUUUUUCAAGCCUGUUGAUGAACCUUUUAUAUCUUUUGAUUUUCCUCGCUCUCUUGGAUAUGAUAUCCAGAUCGAGCCCCAAAGUGGACAUUCCGCUAUCAUUGUUGAUGUGAUCAUUAACAAGAUCACAAAAGACUCCAAUGAGAUGUGUUUCGGGCAUUCGAAAGCUGGCACGUUAUAUUUAGUCACUUUGUGA